AACAAGAGGCUUGAGCGAUUCUUCUCAGUGGAAUUCUUCGCAGUACGUUGUAAAAUGGCUCAGACUAAAGUCACAUUUUACUAUGGAUCACGUAAACGGUCGCUUGAUAUUCAGCCGUCAAAGCGUAGAAAAGUUACCUAUUCGAACAGUUCAAUGGAAGCAUCUCCUGUAUUUAAUGAGGAUAAUAUUGAAAUAAGUGGUAAACCAGUCUUUACGUUCAGCCAGCAGAAGCCAGGCCCCGAACUUCAACAAUCAGCUGAUACAAACCCGAAACUCAUAGCGGCGGCAGCUCAGCCUACAGUGGUCCCUACUCAGACGAAAUCAACCAGGAAAAAAUCUUCAGUAAGAAGUCGUCGAAAACCAAAAACGAAGAAAGGAGAAAAGACUGGAUCUUCCUCAAUAAAGGAUUUCAUGUCCACCAUAACUGGCUUACAAUCAACAAGUGAUGUUGAACUUCGGCUCUCAGACACAGGUUCUGAAAGUUCAGGUCCAAAGUUUGAGAUAACUGAAGCCAAUGACGAUCAUGGUAUCCCUCGCACACCCCCAUCAACACCAACUAAAAGGGGUAAAACAGUAACAGCAGUACCAGUUGCACUAAAACGAAGCAAGACUAUUUCGAAGGAGACUUCAUCAGAAGACUUAAGUGGCCCGGAAUCUGUCCAAUUUAGAACCUAUAAAGUGGCAGGAAGAAAAACGGCAAAGAAAUGUUUGGAUGGUGCUUUAGCAAAAUUCUCUGUGGACGAAGAAUCAGCAUUACAACAGACGCCUACUGAGGAGUUAAGUGCUUCUACAAAGGUUUCACAAGGUUCUAAGCAGAUAUCAUCCAAGUCUGCAUCUCUACUGAAGACCCCUAUGAAGGAUAAAGUGGAAAAUAUGAUAAAGAAAGUUGCUGUAACAAAUAAACAGGUUGCUGUUGUUAGUGAAGCGAAGAAUGCUGCCAAGUCAUCUGCUCAAGUGAUGAGAGAAAAACUAGCUAAAUGCGGUAAACUUGAGGAGUUACAGAAGCGGUUGGCGGCAGUAAGGGAAGAAACCCAAAAAAUAAAGGAGGAAGAUGCUCAAAAAGCUCUAAAGAAGCAAGCUCCGAAAACCAAGGAUGAAAGCAAGAUAAUGCCUGCAUAUCAGAAGUAUCACUCUCUUGCGACACCACCACCUGCUACACUUGCACUGCCGUACAAGUACAAAAUUCUUCAUGAAAUGUUCCGCAGUAUGGAUACUGUUGUCAGCAUGCUACAUAACAGAUCAGAGCAGUGUACAUUUAAGAAGUUAAAAGAUGCUGUACAAGAAAUGUGUAGAAAAACAUUCCAAUUACACCAUGUUGGACAAAUCAAGAAGGUGUAUUCAACGGCGUACAACUUUUGCCAGCGAAAGAACUCAGCCCAGCAGCAGCGUGAACGUAGCAAGGGUGAAAGCGAUUAUCAGCUCAACAUUGAUCCUAACGUCUCUCUGGGUGAUAGUGGUGGGACUGUUACAAAAGCUGGUCAGCCACGUGUCAUUGCUUCGGCACUGAUAGAGCGAAGGAACAUCUUCCACAGUAACCUCGUCGAUAUCGUUAAAGAACAUCACAAGGAAUUUCUCGCAAGACUUCCACAGCCAAUCUCCAUUCCUGAUAAGCAACUUAAACGAUGGCAUCCAAAGUUCCCUCUGGAUCAGGUUCCUGACAUCCAACCAGAUGACCUCCCUCAACCACCUAAUGUCCUGAAGUACCAUACAGCCAAAGAUGUCCUAGACAAGGCCAAGGACAUGAUGUCCCCGAGGGUAGCUCGAGCUCUGCAUCUGGUGGCAGAAAACUCGGACAAAUUCAAGAAUGAUAAAAACAAGCAAAAAGGAAGUGAUAAACCAUCAACAUCAAAAGGCAGCGAAGUAAAGGGAGUUUCGAAGUCACUUCUGGAUAGGAUAAGAGCAAAAGAAGCGAAGAGGAUUGAGCAACUUCUUGUGAGGGAUCCAAAGGAAGACAAGAAAUUAGCAAUGAUGGAGAGACUUCCUGAAAUGUGUGGUAUUAUUAGAAAUUUCUUUUUAUCGGAGAAAAAAGCAGCUUUACUCAUUGAAUCAGCUGUUGACAAGUUGAGGGAAAGCAGUAGAUCCAGCCUUUCUCAAGUGGAAGCUGAGGAGCAUAUUAACCUUUUAGCAGAGAUGAUACCAGACUGGAUUAAAGUUGUGAAUUUGCGAAAGGAGAAAUACAUAAAAAUUGACAAGAAAAAGGAGUUGAAUCAAGUGAAUGCCAAGCUGACGCAGCUUAUCAAGGAAUGCAAGUAAAUCAUUGGAUUAAGUCAAGUACUUAAAUAUGACAAAAAUAUGGAGCUUGAAACAGUUGAGUACUGUAACAAUUUAAUGCUGGCUAUGGAAUUCUCAACAUUGCACCAAUGGUUAAAAUGUAUUUUUUAUAGGUAGCUUAACUCAAGUUGAAGCAAAGCAAGGCAAAAACUUCUAUAUGCAUGUAUGUACUGUGGGUUUAAGUAACAAUAAUAUACCAUAUAGAGCUUAGGCAAACAACUUAAAACCUUGAAAGGUUAUGGAAUCCAAUAUGUAGAUCUUUUUAACAAUUGUUUGACUAUGGCUACAAAAUAAGCAUUGUCAAUAAUUUCAUUCAUUCUCAGCAUCGGGUUUUCGCAUUAGAUGUUUAUUUUUUUAUGACAAUGAUAUUGUUUUUGAAUAACUUUCUAUCCCAUAUAUGUUCUUAUGUUAAUUAUUAGGAGCAAUUUGAAAUAAAGUUUAUCAGUAUUUUGAUGUGGUGAUGUAGAUCUAUGCAAAUUGUAUUGUAAUUGUGUUUUGUCAAUGAUUUUUUUCAGAUUUUUAUGUACUUGUAAUACAAUAAGAUUUUCAUUGGUUUCAAAGAAUGACCAAAUAUUUACAGUAGAUUUGUUUUGUAAAAUAGGUUAAUAGUGCAUAUUAGGUAAUUUUCAAACCUUAGCAAUACAGUACAUUAAUACUGAUAUUACUGUAAAUUUAUAAUUGUUUAAUACAAAUGAAGACUCAUAAAAAUUGCAUAAUUGGAUAAUUUAUUUUCAUUUCUAGUCUCAUACUCUUGUUAAUCUUGAUAAAACAUAUUGUUGAAGUUUUAUAUUAAUUUUUUAUCUGUUAAAUAUUUUGAAUAGUUCUCACUAAUUAUAUCUGUAUUGUUGCAUGUCAUGCAAUAAAUAAAAAAUUGAAAAGUUA